GCGUGGAAGCGGCAGUUCCUCAGACUCAUGGCUGUACAGCAGGUGGACGUGCUGCUCUGUCCCGUGUUGCCGUUUGCUGCCGUCAGACUUGGCAACGAGGAGAGGUUCACAGGCUGUUUAACUUAUUCGGUACUGUUCAACCUGCUGGAUUUCCCCGCUGGUACAGUACCUGUGUCUACAGUGACAGCAGGAGAUAUCGCAGACCUAAAGAAGGCAGACAAAUACAAUGUGGAAACCUCCCUAGAAAGACAGAUCAGAAUGCCAGGCAGUUCGUCUCAAAACCUGCCAGUUGGUGUACAGAUAGCUUCUUUGCCCUACCAGGACGAGAUGGUCUUGAGAGUUCUCCGGGACUUGGAAAAGAAAACAAGGUUAAUACACAUAAAAAUUGUCUGA